AUGGUGAAGCUUCUCUUUUUCGCUAUAAUCGUAAUAACCGUUACACAAGCGUCUGUGAUUGAAGACCGGGAGAGACGCAACGGCAAUCCUUUCGACGAAAAAAAUACUUUUCAUUCUGGAAAACAUUCGAUUUCUUCGAGAAUUCGAUCUGCCGGUUCGAGCUUUAUUUUUCAUCUGUUAAAACACAAAUUGAAACAUCCACUUGUCGAGAAAAUUCCCACUCCGGAAACGUUUCCAAAUUGCAUCUGUGUUCCGUUUUAUCAGUGCGAUGCUAACAAUACCAUCAUCACCGACGGACUCGGGCUGGUCGACUUACGGGCGCUCAGCAAUGUGACGUACCGGAGGUGCACGGGAGAUCUCGAAGUGUGUUGCCAAUGGCCCUCGGCACCUAUCGUCAAUCCUACGCCAACGCCAACCUUUCCACCGACAGUUCCUCCAACCGCUCCCCCAACUGCUCCCCCGACCGUUCCGCCAACACCGCCACCGACAAACCCGCCAACGCCAUCACCAACACCAUCGCCAACUUUUCCUCCAACAAAUCCACCAACAAAUCCACCAACAAAUCCACCAACAAACCCGCCAACACCGUCACCGACGCCACCACCAACGUUUCCUCCAACAAAUCCACCAACACCGCCACCGACAAGCCCGCCAACACCGUCACCGACGCCACCGCCAACAAAUCCACCAACACCGCCACCGACAAACCCGCCAACACCGUCACCGACGCCAGCGCCAACUUUUCCCCCAACGCCGUCACCAACACCACCGCCAACACCGCCACCAACGGUUCCACCUUCGUCGCUGUGUGUCUGUGUUCCAGCAGUGCAAUGUGCUCCAAACGGUUACGUGAUCAUCGGUGGCGAGGGUAUAAUAAACCCCCGACAGACAAUGAAUCCUUGUCCAAACGCUGGAGACGUAUGCUGUCGAAUACCAAUUGCCACGGUAACCUCGAGCCCGGUGGCAUCAACACCACCGUUCACUGUUCUCCCACCGAUUGUCCAGCCUCCUACAACCUGCAUAUGUGUCCAAACAUAUCAGUGCGACGCGAGCGGCUACAUAAUAAUAUCAGGAGCUGGUAGCAUCGAUCCUCGAUUCCCGGUGAGCCGUCAAGGACAAGUUGGAGGAACGUGCGUGUCGCCGAGCGAAAUCUGUUGUCGCAUAUCCCUCACGGGACAGGAUUCGGCGCUGGGCCCCCCCGUCGAUCCGUCAACGAUCAUCAAAUAUCCUGGAACUUCCCAAGCUUGCAUCUGCGUUAAGGUCUGGCAAUGCACCGUCGGAAAUGUCGUCACCGUCGACGGAGCUGGAAUCGUUGAUCCUCGGUUUGGGGCUUGCGCCAAUGGCGACGAAAUUUGCUGUCGUAUCCAGGGAAUCAGCAGAGGCCUCGCUUCCAUCACCGUCCCAGGGGCUAAUCCUCCCGUUGUCGCAUUACCCGAAGUUCUCAUUGUCAAUGGGAAUUCUGCUCAGUCAGCUGCCACUGUUUGUGGAGUUCGGGGAACAACCUGCCUCACUGCUCCAACGUGCGCAACGAACUCUGGUGAAGCGUCCUUCGCCGAGUUUCCAUGGAUGGUUGCUCUCCUCGUUCGAAAAACUGACGGGACUUCCCUCUUCCAGUGCGGCGGUUCGAUGAUCAACAACAGAGCUGUACUCACCGCAGCCCACUGCGUUACCAAUCGGCCUGCUGGGGUUUUGAUUGCGAGAUUCGGCGAGUGGGACACCGCCCACAACAAUGAACCAGCACCUCUCCAGGAAUCCGAAGUCCUGUAUGUAAUCACUCAUCCACAAUUUUACAGCGGAGGAUUGUACAACGACGUGGCAGUCCUCAUUCUAGCCAGACCUGUAAAAUAUGCUGUCAAUGUCAUGUCAAUCUGUAUGCCGCAACAAGGAAUGGUAUUUGCUCCUGGCACUCAGUGUUGGGCCACUGGCUGGGGUCGGAACGCCUUCGAAGGACAAUAUCAAACCAUAAUGAGAAGAGUGGAACUCCCUAUAGUAGAUCGAUCCAAAUGUCAAGAAUUAUUGAGAGCGACGAAACUAGGAAAAUAUUUUGAGCUGCACGGAAGUUUCAUUUGCGCCGGUGGAGAAGCGAGUAAGGACACGUGCCGUGGGGACGGCGGUGGUCCUCUUGUUUGCGCUACUCCCUCAGGACAAUAUGUUCAGGCAGGGAUAGUUUCCUGGGGAAUUGGUUGCGGAGAAUCCAACGUGCCAGCCGUUUACACAAGUGUGCCGCUAUUCCGACAGUGGAUUGAUCAGCAACUCGCGAAUUACGGAGUUUUAUGAUACUGUCCUGUUUGGGGAACUUCCGUCGUCGUCCAAUGUCGCUAGAACUCUCGAUAACUCGAAAUUUCCCAAACUAAAUGUGAUGAAGAAAAUCAAUAAUUGAGGUACUCCACGUGAAGUCGUAUCGUGAAUUAAUCCUCUAUCGACGAUAAUUCACGAGACAUUUUGAUUUCUCCUCGCACCGCUCGUAACGAAAACGGUCCACGUACGUCACAGUUUUAAUCUGUAGUACAUUCGAAUACAAACCCAUUGGAUUUCACAAUUUUUUUUGUCAGCUUUUGCGAUAUGAUGAUUUUUGCUUUGAAUCACGAUUCAGUUUUACCAGAGAUCGAAGAUAUCAGUGCCAGAGGUCAGAGUGCAUAUUAUUUCUUUUUUCACGUUUCAUCUCUAUCCACUUUUUUUUCCAUUGAAGGAAAACCAGUUCGAAUUUUCUUAGCUCGCUCGAUUUGAUUAAUAAUUUCUUUAGUAUAAGCCAUGUCCUGAAUUCAUUAUGACAUUUUUAUGAGCUAGACAUUCAAAAAUGUAAAAUUUGAUCCCACGAAUGAGUGUCUCGUGGACCACGCGGCCCCAGAUCAGGACGACUCACGUGGACUACCGCAUACGUUCGGCGUAUUGUAACUACGAACUGCAGCAUCGGCUUAAAACUGACGGUGUUGAAAUUACCUUGAGUUUAUAAUUUGGAUCAAUCCGUUCACUUCUUCCAGUAGCCGUGAUCGUCUAGUGGUUAGGACCCUACGUUGUGGCCGUAGUAACCCAGGUUCGAAUCCUGGUCACGGCAAUGUGAAAACAUUGUCACGGUGGAAGAUUUUUUUUCUCUGCUUUCACAUUCCCCCCUUCGUAUCAAAGUUCUAGAUAACAACUGUAGAUAUUGGAUUAUCGAUCUGAUAGUUAAGACGGUUUAAUUAAUUAUUUUUAAUUAGAGUUAUUUACUGUCAAAUUUGGUUUUUACGUUCCUUCACAGUUGUAUCUACUCAAGGAGUUAAUGACGUCGAGCAGAGUCACUCGAUUCUCGGGUGGCGUGUUCUUUUAACUUCAUUCGCAGUAGUAGGGUACGACCCCCUUAUUUUUAAAUAUUCAGCCAUUGUUUGUCGAUAAAUGAAUGAGAAGUUUUUCAUUGAAGAAAUGAAAAUAAAAAAUAGUUUCAAGUUUUUCCACUUUAUUAAAGAUUGAUACUAUUUUUUCAACGUCUAGUGAAACUCACGGUGUUCCAUUGAAGUUUUUAAAGUUGCCAACAAGUCGCAGCUAUGUGUUUCGUAAUGAAUGCGUUUGAAUCUCUUGUAAUCAUUUGAAAAAUUCUCACAACGGUUCACAACUUUGCAUUUCUCAUGAAUCUUGACUCCGAAAGUUCAGAAACGUUAUAAAAUCUUCAUUUAUGAGACUCGCCAAUAAAAUUGAUUUUGUCAUAGAAUGGAAAGGGAAUUUUUCUAUUCCGGAUAACAUGAGCAAUCCAAAAUGAUGCACGAAGUGUGCAUAUUUGAUCCGUAAGCUAAGUGGAAUCGACCCACGAGUCGAUGGACGAAAGAAAUUGUUUGAGAACAACUACAAAGAAAAAAAUAUGAUUGCAGUGACCUGAUUUUCUUUGCGGUACUACGAUUUCCUAUUAAAUUUGUUUAAACACUGCGGCGAUCUUUUUUAAGUACUUUGAUAUCCGAUUUGAUCUGACAAAAACGACAGUAAUUUCGUUUAACACGCAGCAAUAAUCCCGAUGAAUCACUUCGUUUCCGUAUAGGCUCGCGGUAUCUCCUUAAUCGUAAUUGUUCUUAGAACGUUAUUUGUGCUCAACAGGAAUACUGAUCGAUCGGUAGAUACCUCGGACACUCUUUUGAUGCUUCGAAAUGUUUAAACUGUAAGAGUGUGUUGCGAAGUUAUGUGCAGUGGCAAGGUGCACUGUCAUGUGAAUGUGUGGGAAUUCCCAUGUCGUUGAAGGCAAAUUGUUUGGGAAAAGCUGUGUAAUUUUUGUCUCGACUACGUCACAGUGUUUCUGAAGUCACACUAAGGCAACCCUCAUUUUUUCAUGAUCUGCAAGGUGCUUAGAAAUGUAAUCCAAUUGCUUUGUUAACUUCGAUAUUUGAGAGAUGCCAAGUUCGAUUUGUUAAUAGAUUUUCACUCGUUCCUGGUUAGUGCUAUUUGCUUUGUCCAAUUGAUUCCAGUGUUAAGCAUGAUCGAUCACCAGGUCAAAUCCAAGAUUCUGACCUGAAAUUUUUAUAUGAUGUAGAUUAAUGUUUUACGUGACGAUUGGCAAAUUUUGGGCUAGAUUGACCAUCUAGUUAUUUUGUAAUUAAAUUGCAAAAUCGAGCAUUUUCGAAUACACGUCGUUAACGGAAAAAGAUCGACCGGAAGUGCCAUGAACACUGUUUUUCUCACCCAAGAUCCAAGAUUAUUCAUUAAAAAACCUAUUUUAAGAUAAAUGGGUCAUUAAGAAUUUGUUAAAAAAUAUAAAAAUCGUAUCUCACCAGGUUUUUAACAAAAUAAUCUUACAAAAAAGCUUUGAUUUCCGGUUGAAAAUUGUAAGAACGACGAAGUAGUAUUCAAAAAUGUGGCAACGUCACAACUGACAGACGAUGCUGCCAACGGUCAUAACCUGGCUUUACUUCAAACGCCAAUACAGGAUAUUACAAUCGCAGCGUUACCAAGUGUGUUUUGUGUUUACAAUUUUCAUAUGGAGAAAACUAUAGAGUCUUUAACGAUACAUAAUCUAAUAUGGAGAAUACUGCAGAAUCGUUGACUACACAAUUUUUUCAGUUUUCUCGAAUUACUGUGCUAUGAAUACUUAUGUACCGGUAAUUAUGCUUCUUAACCCUUAAUAGUCACACGGGACAUAUCGGUCGAUAGUUCGAACCUUUGAGAAGAGAGCCUCAUCGUUAUUAUUUGAAAGGGCCCGUUAGUUUAGUUUUGGUAGUCGAUCAAGUCAGACCGUGCGAAGAUCUGGGGUUCGAUCCACCGAUUUUUUAAUUGAGGUCCGAUUUUUUUUUUAAUUGAAAAUUACGUCAAUUUUUGUGAAAAAAGUCAUUUUUCCUGCAUUUUUUUCUUUGACAUUUUUUUCAAUAUUAAAAAUAACACGAAUAGAAUAAAAUCGUUAUGGUCGUUUCUUAAGGGUUCAAAGUACAUUGCAGUAUUUUUAUUUUAUUUUAUUUUUUUUACAGUUUUUCAAUUAUUUAUCGUUCCCCAAAGUGAGUGGGGUACCUUGGACCCCGUGUGACUAUUACGCCAGAAACUUGAGGUGUGACUGGUUAGGGUUAAAAUCCAUAACACGAAUAUUCAACUUCAACACCGGUAAACGUCAAUCAGAAUCGCUAUGAGUAAUAGUAUAUUACGACCCAAGGCCCGAAAGUUGGAUUUUCUGGAGUGUACGAUGUAAAGGCCGAGGAAAUGAAGUUUUGUACUGAAAUGAGAGAGCAUACAUAACCAAAUAAUAAUUUUCUUUAAAUAUCGAUGUGGAAUUUUGAAUUAAAAAAACACUACUAAUGUUAGCACUGGAAAAUUUAGAUUUUCGGACGAGAUUUAUCUUGCAAUUGUGUGUAAGUUUAAAUAGUUUUCAAAUAUACGAUAUUGCGUUUCAGAUAUGGCAAUAGCGGUACUACGGAAUGUUGUAAACACACCUGAAUGAAAAUCCUCUGAUUUAACAA